GGAGCCAGGACGGAUGUCUGCCCCCGACCUGCGCUGGAGCUCUGCACAUGCUCUGUCUGCCAGCCCAGUCCCGCUCACUCAGCUCUCGGCUGCUGGAGCUUGGGGAGCCGCAGCAUCUCUCGGCUGCUCGUAGGCAGUGCCACUCGCUGAAGACCUGACAUUUUUCAGAAUCUCAGUUAAGCUUCCAGGGACGUCCUUUUAGGAAGGUCUAUGACAGCAUACAGUGUUUCCAUCAGACUCUUGCCUUGUCUACAACCCGCAGCCGUAAAAGCGAGUUUGAUUCUCUGACAAGAAGACUGGCAACAGCUGUCGUUGCACCGUGUACUGUAAUACAUGAGAUUCUUCCCGCAAAACCCUGGAGAUGGCAUUUGUCUGGUCUGGUUGUAAAUAAUGAGAUAGAUCACAAUGGAUUUCAGUUCAUCAUCAGUGUUUGAUCAGCACAAAGCUGAUGCAGCAGAAGAGGUUGACUUGACUGUGGUUUACCAAGCAGCAGCCAAUGGUGACGUGAACACACUGACUGCAGUGAUUUGGGAAGAUCCUUCUAUCCCUGAGUGUUGUGACAGAGAGGGUUGCACCCCUUUGAUGCAUGCUGUGUCAGGAUGCCAGGUUGAUACAGUGAAGCUUCUGUUGAAGAUGGGAGCAAAUAUUAAUACUCAAGAUGCCUAUGGACGUAUCAGUUUAUCUCUGGCAACUUAUCUGGGCUGGCUGGAAGGCUGUGUCAGCUUGCUCAGGAACGGUGCUAAGCAGAACAUACCUGACAAAAAUGGGAGAUUGCCACUACACGCUGCAACUGCAGAGCCUGACGUGAGGCUUCUGAGCCUGCUUCUGCAGCAGUCAAAUCUUAGUGAAAUUAAUCAUCAGGCCAAUGAGGUGAGUGAGUUUGUUCUGCAAGUCACAGUCCCAUGCUCUGGGGGCUUAGAAGUCAUUCUGUCCAGAAAGAGUCCACUGUACAAUCACUUUAAUGAUGAGACUAUGCACUAUAUGUGCAGAAUAACUCUUGAGAAACAGGAAAAUGGAAACUGCACAAAAUCCACUUGGCCUCAGAGUGGCAACAGGAUUCUGUGUUCCAUCAUUCUGGACCACUACCAGGGACCCUCAGUAAUAAACUAUGACGAUGAGAAUGGCAAAACAUGUAUGCACAUUGCUGCUGCUGCAGGCUACAGUGAUAUUAUCAGUGAGCUGGCCAAAGUCCCAAAGCGCAACCUGCAGGCCCUGGAUGUGGAUGACAGGACUCCUUUGCACUGGGCUGCAGCAGCAGGGAAAGCUGACUGUGUGCAGACACUGCUAGAACUGGGGAUAGACAGCAGUCCUCGAGAUAUCAAUGAAAACACUCCUCUGACAUAUGCAAUGUACCGUGGGCACACAGCAUGCAUCAAGCUGCUGUCUCAGGAGGGCAAUAGAUCCGAGUCAGUUCAUCAGUUUCCCUCUCUGGACAACAGAGGUAUAAAGAAAGAAGGACGAUUCAGUAUGCUGAACCACAUCUUCUCUUGCAAAAAGAAGAAAGAAGAUCAGAAAACCAGUCAGAAGGAGAGAAGCAGAGAACAUCCUAAAGAAGAGACCUCAGAAGUAGAUGAUAUCAUCACCUGUUUUGAUUGCAUUAUGAAAACAAGUUGCAAAGACAUUCCAAAUCAUUGUAUGACCACCCAUGACUUUAAAAGAAGGAGCACAGACACAAAGUAUCUCAUACCAGAAAAGAAACAAUCAGCAUGUCAGGGACUUCUGCCCAUCAGCAUGCAGAGCCUCCCCCCAAUCACUGCAGGUAAUUCCUUCCUAACUGCUUCCCAGAACACAGUGUCAAGCUUCUCUUUUAGCACCAGUACCCACCAUUUUCCACAAAAGUCUCAAAAGAGUAGGAGUGAACACAACUUGCUGGACUACAGAAGCAGCUGCCAGGCUUUGCUGGAUGAUCCCUGGAAUGCAGACUCUAACCAGCUACUCUCCUACAAAGUCUGUACUAGGACUUCUUCAGACAAACUGAUAAAUUACCUUAACUCUGAUAGAUCUCACCAUGUGCUUUUGUGCCCUCCCUGCCUUCCCUCACUUCCUAGUUCUCCAUCAGGUAAACAUUUACAACAGAUGUCCAUAGACCAACACAAAAAAAAUCUUAUUUGUGUAUGUAACAGCUGAGCUCCCAUACCCAACCACUGUGCUCACAAAAUUCAGCUAUCACCUCAGGAUACUAAGAAGUUUAAGUCUCUAAGGACUGGUGCAGUUAUUCUCCUACCAGCUCUAAUCUUUUCCCAGAAAAGGGGACAUUCUCAGAGUCAUAUCCUCUAUUCUCUUUUGCCUGGUCUAUCAGGAGAGCCUCUCAAACUAGGCCGUGUCCCCCCUGCUAUCCCAAGCCAGAAGAAAUCUAAUCCUGCAGAAGAGCUUGAGAAAUCUCUCACCAAACCAGAUGCUAAAAAUUAACUCAUCACACUGGCCUAAAUCAGUUGAAAUAAGUGCAAAUCUAAGUGCUUGUUACAAGAUAACUGUACAGCAAAAUCUCAUUAAUUUGCACUAAUGAUACUCUUAUGAACUUGACUGUAAAUUACUAAAACUGAAGAAAGCAUAGCACAUCACAAAAGCUGCACUAUAUAUAGAUAUACACACACAUGUAUACGUAUAUAUGUGCAUUUUCAUUAUAGAUUUCAUUUAUUAUGAAAUUACUAAAUAUUUAAUGUGCUGUAAACUUACUUUGUGAAUGGAACCCUCAACACAUGAUUUUGUUGCAGUAAUGUGCUGUUAAGCCUUUCAGAGAAAACAGGAACAAAGAGUAAGAUUUUCUGCAUGAUUUAAAAGUCAGAACUAGGAAACAUAAAUUGACAGGGUUUCUCUGUAGUUUGUAAAUACAAAGGUGCUGAUUCGGAUGCUGUGUACCAUCAAAAAAAAUCUUUUUAAAAUUAAAACAAUAAGCUGAAAAUAAAAGGCAGUUUUAGCAA